AUGUAUUAAUUCCUCUGUAGAUUUAAGAUUUAAUAAUUAAAACCUAUGAUUAAAAUAUAUUUACAAAAAUCUUCUAUUUAAAUGCCGAUAGAUAAGCAGCAGGUAUGGAAUUUAUUAUUACUAAUUUUCAAACUUGAUCAGAAUAUGAUUUAGUAAAUUUUAAAAAAAAUCUACAUAAAUUUUAGAAUACAGUAAUAGUACUAUUGUUGGAAACCUUUUUAACAAACAAUAUUGAUGCUAAAUAACUAUGAUUGCAAAAUUGACAUACGAUACAGAGAUGGAUUGAUCUUGAUUGAACCUAGUAAUAUGAGAGAACAUAAUAGGAAUCCAUAAAAGUAUAUUAUUAUAGGAUAGGGAAUUACUCUAGAAAAAGGAGGUGGACCAUUCAUAUUAAUCCACUAUUUUUCAUAAGAAUAUUGCAGCGAAGAUGUUAACUUCAAUUUUUUAAAUGGGGUUUCCAAAUUUAAUAUUAAUGAUAAUCUCCAAUUUACUUAUGAAAAUAUGUAUUUAUUGUUUGAAUUAAGUAAAUGAUAUAUUUAAAUUAGAUUAUAUAUUUGAAGUUCCUUAAAGAGUUGUGUAAAAAACUAUAGAAUGCAAUAUUUUAUAUUUGAACAAUAAAGUUGUAAACUAGGGUAGGAUCAUUCAAUUUUACAUAAAGUAGGGGGAUUGCUACACUCUUUCAAUUUAGAAUAAGUUAGAGCUCCAUUGUUUAAAUAUAUUCUAAUUCAUACAUAUGUUCCUUAAAAAUCCAGGGUUAACAUAUUUGGAUUGA